UCGCUGUCGAUGUAUAUUGUAUAGUCGACUGGAUUUAUUUUUAGCGUGGCAAAUGCCGACAACACUCAACACAGGCUUAGGUGCUGAUAAUAUAAGCGGAGCAAGGAUCUCUAGUCUAUAAUUAUUUUAUUUAAGUAUUUUUAAAUAAAAUUGCGUCAAUGAAUUCAGCUAAAGAAGUGUUGCUCAAUAAACCAGAAAAUGGUGAUGCAAAAUGCGUGAACAAUCAACAACAAUCAAAGAAAGAUAAAGAUGUUUUAGCGAUCGAUUGCGAAAUGGUCGGGAUUGGACAAAGAAGUGCAUUAGCUCGUGUUUCAAUUGUUAAUUCUAAGGGCGAAACUAUCUACGACAAGUUUGUCAAGCCCAGAGGAAAAGUUACAGAUUAUCGUACGCGGGUGAGUGGCAUUCGACCUCAAGACAUUGCAAACGGGGAGUUAUUUGCCAUAGUAAAAACAGAAGUCCAUCAAAUAGUCAAACAGAAAAUAUUGGUAGGCCAUGGACUAGAACAUGAUCUGGUAGUAUUGGAGUUAAACCAUCCCUUACAUUUGAUUAGAGAUACCUCAACGUACUGGAAUGUGAAGGAAAAUACAAAAGUUAGAAAGCCUAGUCUGAAACUACUGGCGUCACGAUUACUUGGAGUCAGUAUACAGGAUGGAGAACAUAGUUCAGUUGAAGAUGCUAAGGUAGCACUUCAGUUGUAUAUGAUGGUACGCAAAGAUUGGGAAAAUCGAUUUAUAAAAAAGUCGUCCCUGUCAUAAUCUCGAGAGGAAGCCGGGAUUUAGACUUUUGGGACAAAUCUUUUUGAUGCCUCUAUCAUUUUUUUAACACUAAUUAAAGUUUAAUUUUGAAUAAUUAUUUGAUUGUUUUUAAAAUAAUUUUACUUGAAAAAAAUUUUAAAAAGGGUCUAAUA